GACUUAGGUUUAUUAAUGGGUUUUAUAGGAAUUUGUCGGUAUGCUAAGAUCCCUAUAAAAAACCUCUCAGUUCCGGCGCAGUCGAAACCUAAUUCAUCAGUCGAAACCAUGUCUUCCUCGACCAGCGGAUUGUCCAACACGGCUGAGACUGGCGUCUUCUGGGACCUGGAUGAUUGCCCAAUCCCUGAUGAUCAGACUCCUGCUUCGGUCUGUGCUAAUAUCAAAUCGGCUCUCAAGACUGCGGGUUAUGUUGGUCGGGUUUCAAUCGUUGCUUAUUCACUUACCAAGCAGACCUCAGUCGACUUCGAAUCCGCCCAAAUCAAGCUUGAGCAACCUGGAAAUAGUCGUUCGAAAUGUCGAGCAAUUUUUCAGGACAUUUUAAUAUGGAGAAUGGACCAUCGUUAUUAUUCAACUAAUUUGAUGGUAAUCUCAAAGGACCUCUCAGAUAACCCUCACUACUUCACAACUCUUCUCACGUUCAGAGAGAAUGGGAACAAUAUUCUCUUAGCACAGCCUGAGGGAAAAGGCAAUCUACGUUUUCUUGCAAGUUCAGUUUGGCUUUGGUCAAUCCUAUCCACCGGAGGGAGCCCUCUCAAUAUCAUAGGCGGAUGUGUUGAAGCUACCCCUUCUUCUUUUAGCCCAAGUUCUCUAAGCCCUGCCAUUAAGACGCCGGUGAAGCAGAAGCAGAAGAAGAAGAGUAACAAGAAGCGGAAGAUCAGAGCUAGCAUUCAUUCUGAGGACUAGUCAUGACAUGAUCAGAAGUUGGAAACAGUUGCGCUAUAAUAAUCUUAUAUAAUAUAUUAACUUAAUGUGUUGGUUUGUUUGUAUCGCGAGAUUAGUAAAAAAAAAUCAAAUUACUUUGAGAUAAAAGUUUAGCUCUAUAAUGACUAAAUGCCCA